GAGAACUGUUGACAUUAUCGACAAUCAUGCCAAUAUUUCAAGAUGUCCACGGCCUUGCUGUAAAGUUCUUCAUACAAAAGGACCUCGCCCAAGGAAUCCAAGCAGAACUCUGUGAGACUAUUACGGUUGGUUCACGUAUCAGAUCUUCUUGUUCUUCUUCUAAGGCACUCCAGUCUCUCGGUGGCAGAGUGGAAACCAAGGUGCCGAGGCAAGGAUAUGUUCUUGUCCAAAAUGGCAGCACUGAAGAAGAGCGUCUUCGGUUGUGCUGGGCUAGUCCAGAUCGUCCUGAGAGGCACUUCGUGCCGUACACGUAUGUAGAGGCGUGUAAAAUCGCCGGUAUAUUGCUUAAGCAGAUAUUUGCCCACGACGGAGAGCCUAUCAAGAUGCACAUUCAUCCGAGCAUUGCUAAUGUCAACGCCAGAAUGGCGCUCAGUCAACGUAUCAUGCAUUCGGGUGGCGACCCGACUGCCUCUGUGCAAUCAGCACGUAUCAUCCUUGCUGACCCCAAUACGGAGGUCUUUCAACAUCUUGUCAAAGUUUAUCAAGGUGUUCCUAACAAAUAUGUUGAAUCUUAUUUAUGGGUCAAGAAAUGUAUUGAAAAAGGUGUCCUGGUCUACACACCUCUCGUAUAUAAAAACCCUGGCGGCCGGAGGCCUGGAGAAGAAAGGACCCAGUUCACUGACGAGGAUGAGGCGCAUUUAUGCGCUUGGAUCGCGGCCAAAAUCCCCUUCAAAGAGACAGGUGGCCGAACAGGAAACCGACUUUAUCAACAACUUUGCGAAAUGGCCGCAGAUCCGGAGUAUACUUGGGUUACAAGGCAUACCUGGCAGUCAUGGCGUGAACGUUACAAGAAAAAUGCUGCACGAUUAGAUGCUCUGAUUGCUGCGAUUGUAGACCAGAGAAAACCUUCUCAAGGGGAAAAGGGCCAAUACGGAUACGUCCGCAAGACUGAAGACAAACCAAAGCGAAGUAGGCGCAAGCGUAGCCGCAAUACGGACCACUUCCACCCAUCUGAUGACGAAUUCUUGAGCGCGUUUGAGGAUAACUCAGGAAAGAGCCCUGCAAUGUCCACUCCUUCAGUCUUAUACGCAUCUAUUGAGCACCUAGCUAUUCCUGGCGCAAGAUGCCUUGAUAGGACGUCAGAGAACAUUAUAUUUGAAGAACUCGGGGCUCUUGAUGAAAUUGGCGAGUGUGCUCAAGCCUCAGGUGACAAUGAACUUGCACCUGCUUGCGGCAAGAGAAAGGUAGACGAAGAAUCAGAGGGGGUUACCAACAACAACAAAAAAUCUAGACAUGGCAGCGAAAAAAAACAACCUGAAAUAAGCAUCCUACAUGUACCUUUGGCAACGUCUACCAACGGAUCAUUUUAUCCGGGCAGUUUACAUGUAAUUGAUCAAACUCUUCAAGAUAUAGCGAGGGACAAUAGGUUCACUGUUGAGGAAGUGCAAGAGUAUUAUGACAAGUGUGGGGAAAUGGAACGUACCAGGGCUAGGUUCGAUAAAAUGAGAAAGGAACUAUCCAUUAAAUUCAAGGAAGAUGACAAAUGACAAAUGACUUUGGGGUAAUGAUACAGUCUCCUUUUCUUUUUCUUAUACCUUUGAUUCCAUGAUAUUUAUGGAGCAUGCCUUCAUGCAUGUCAGGUACAAGAAUGUUAUGUGUAUAUAUGUCGGUGGUAGUCAACACAUAAGUGACCCUUCGCACACUUCACAGUGAGGAGAGUUUCGUCGUCCCAAAAAUG